AUGAUAGAUGCGCAGCCGGAUCUGAGCGUCCGCAAGCUGGCCAGCCUCGCCAAAGUCCAGCCGAAGCAGAUCCGCGACUGGAAGAAAUUGAAGGAGCGCCUCGAAAUUGCGGCAGGAUGUCGUCGUCGUCUCAGUGGUGCUGGACGAAAGCCCAAGUGGCCGAUGAUGGAGACUGCGGACCAUCUGAUCCACGCUUACCUGCGGGACGCGGCGAAGGUGGAGGUGAUGGACGAUGUGUGCGAGGAGGAGCUAGACGAGCUCGUCCCCAACCCUUUCUACUCUGACCCUGCUGCCACUGCUGACAGGGACAGCGAUGCUGAGCUGGUGGCGGAAGCUGGAGAGGAGGAUGCCGAGGAGGAGGAGGAGGAGGAGGAGGAGGAGGAGGAGGAGGAGGAGGAGGAGGAGGAGGAGGAGGAGGAGGAGGAGGAGGAGGAGGAGGAGGAGGAGGAGGAGGAGGAGGAAUGGGAGGAGGAGGAGGAGAAGGAGGAGGAGGAGGAGGAGGAGGAGGAGGAGGAGGAGGAGGAGGAGGAGGAGGAGGAGGAGGAGGAGGAGGAGGAGGAGGAGGAGGAGGAGGACAAUGGUGGGGUUGCGGAAGAGGUGGGGGCCGGAGGGGGAUGGCAGGAUGAAGGCGAUGAAUGGUGGGCUGAAGGGCGAUAUGAUGGGGAGGAGGCGGAGACUUGGGUUGCUGGGCAGGAUGAGGAUUAG